AUGAAGACCUUGAUGCACCAUGGUCUGGCAGUGUGUUUAGUGCUCACUACCAUGUGCACCAGCUUGUUGCUCGUGUACAGCAGCAUCGGCAGCCAGAAGGAGAGGGCCCCGCAGCAGCAGCAGCAGCAGCAGCAGCAGCAGCAGCAGCAGCAGCAGCAGCAGCAGCAGCAGGCGACUGCCGGCAGCGCGCAGCCAGCGGAGAGCAGUCCCCAGCCACGUAGAACCGCCCCCGCCGGACACCCGCAGUUGGAUGGAUACCUUGGUGUAGCAGACCACAAGCCCCUGAAAAUGCACUGUACCGACUGCGCCCUGGUAACCAGCUCAGGGCACCUGCUGCACAGUCAGCAGGGCCCCCAGAUCGAUCGGACAGAGUGUGUUAUCCGCAUGAAUGACGCCCCCACCCGAGGCUACGGGCUCGAUGUGGGCAACCGCACCAGCCUGCGGGUCAUCGCACACUCCAGCAUCCAGAGGAUCCUCCGCAACCGCCACGACCUGCUCAACGUGAGCCAGGGCACCGUGUUCAUCUUCUGGGGCCCCAGCAGCUACAUGCGGCGGGAUGGCAAGGGCCAGGUGUACAACAACCUGCAGCUCCUCAGCCAGGUGCUGCCCCGGCUGAAGGCCUUCAUGAUCACACGCCACAAGAUGCUGCAGUUUGAUGAGCUCUUCAAGCAGGAGACCGGCAAAGACAGGAAGAUCUCCAACACUUGGCUGAGCACCGGCUGGUUCACCAUGACAAUCGCCCUGGAGCUCUGCGACAGGAUCAAUGUUUAUGGCAUGGUGCCCCCGGACUUCUGCAGGGAUCCUAAGCACCCUUCAGUACCUUAUCAUUACUAUGAGCCUUCUGGACCCGAUGAAUGUACAAUGUACCUCUCGCACGAGCGAGGACGCAAGGGCAGUCACCACCGUUUCAUCACAGAGAAACGGGUGUUUAAGAACUGGGCACGGACAUUCAACAUUCGCUUUUUCCAGCCAGACUGGAAACCAGAGCCACCUGCUGUGAAUCACGCUGAGGAGAAGCCUGUGUUCUGAGGUUUGAACGCCAUCAGCCCCCAGAGGAAGGACUUGAACUCCAGGCCGGGAAUGGGAGCUGGACAGUGGUGCGGUUCAGCACCAUGGACAGAACCCCACGGCCCAAGACCAGCACAUCCUCAUGAGUACCGAUUCAGCGACACUGCCAUGGCGGCUAGGAACACUCCAGGGUGGAAGUAUUGCCUUCGAAACCGAAACAGGAGCAGCCCAACACCUUUAAUUGCAUUUCUUUACAGAUGUCCACGUCAAAAGACUUUUCUAUCAGGUUAUAGCCUAACCUGACCAAUAAUUGGUGUCAUUUGUCACACUCUGUGAUUUGUAAAGGCCUGAAAGAACGAACAUGAUUCUGAAGAGCACAUCUCCAACGAUUUUCAUAAAGAAAAUGUCUGCUAUUUAUUUAUUGAGAGUUUUUUAGUGUACUCUAGGCAGUAUUUUUAUAGAUUAUGAUUAUGUGGCGAUUUAUGCUCCCGACUCUUUAGUCCUGAAUGGUGGUUGGAAUGUGUAGAAUCAGGCCGAGGACUUACGGAAUUCACAAUGCUUGUUAUUAGUCUGCAAUCAGUGUUGGACGUGGAAAUGUGCAGCAUUGUUUGAACCCCUCGGCUUCAGGCAAAUUGCUCUUUCAAAACAAGAACAGCUAGAACACUUUCUGAUGUACAUAAAUGUUCAAAAGAACAAAACUGAAAACCAAAAACUACAUUAUUAAAACAAAGAGAUGCUAAGGAUAGGAGCUUAAAGAUACAGCAGCUCUCUUCAGUAGUAACUGGUACAAGUAAUUUCUCUUUAAGUUCUGCUUUCCUUGUCUUUACAAUGCACCAGAAGAUCCCCUGAGUUCCUCUUGCGAAUCUAAGAAUGUAGGAGCCUCUCGCUGUGAGGAUUAGACAUGUGGGAUGACGGAACUCCAACAGUAGCUGGAAACGGUAAGUCAGGGUGAAGAUGUUAGGGUCCCCCGGGUAGGAAUCAGUUUUCUUCAUUGGCCUCUCUUGUCUAAACACUAUCCCUUGCCUCUCUAAGAAAGUGAGAGGAGCGAGUGGCGGAGGCUUCUGAGUGUUCCCUGACUAUGAGUGCCAAGAGCUGCCCUUUCUUGAGAAGAGAACAGAAAGACAUUCCCCGUCUCCCAGCUCACUGUCCCACGGACCGUUCUGACCCACGCACUGGCUGCAAGUCUUUGGAUGUGAAGGACUCCUCCCUCACCCACUUCAUUCAAAACCAAGGUAGAUAGGAUGACGGAUUUUCAUUUUAAAAAGGUAUGCUGCUCAGAAAAGUAAGAAUAUGCUAGGCUUUUCCUUGCACGCUACCAAAGGAGCAUCAGUGUCUCUGAUGACAGAUUUGAAGGCAGCCGCUAAUGUCAUGAGGGAACAGGCACUGCUUUUACAAUCAGGACAGGGCUUGGAUUACAGGUGUCUCACAUCACAGCUCUUUCCCCUCUUCUUAAUUAGUGAUAAUGUCCCUUUCCCUUUCACUCAGUAGAACUAUUAAUUGUGCAGAGUACCAUUGUGGAGAUACAAAUGCAGCCCAGGU